GGCAAUUUGCGGCGCUUACGCUGACGCUCUCUUUCCGUGCGUGCGACACCGUGAAUUUGAACGGAGUAACCGCGACUUCGCGAAGUAGCUGCUGCGGCCGUACUUUUCGUGGCAUGAGUUCGUGUAGCUCCGUGAAGUCGUGACACGUUGGGUGCGUCGUUGAACGAAGCUCAAAUGAGGCAACUACUGUUCUCCGCAGCUUUUGCCGUUCUCUUCCUGGCGUCAACGGCGAAGAAAUCGAAGGAAGGUGCGAAACCGGACUGGGCCAAGAAAGACGUACGCGACUUCAAUGACGCCGACUUGGAGAGGCUUUACGAACAGUGGGAGGCAAACGAGGAGCCACUAGAGCCUGACGAACUGCCGGAGCACAUGCGGCCAGCUCCGAAGAUUGAUAUGAGCAAGAUGGACACCUCGAAUCCGGAGAACAUACUGAGGGCGUCAAAGAAAGGCAGGAUGCUUAUGACGUUCAUCACCCUCCUAGGGAAACCAACGAGAGAAGAGGCUGAGGAGAUAACAAGCAUCUGGCAAACAAGCUUAAUGAAUAACCAUAUUAAUGUAGAUAGAUACAUCCUCGAUGACAACCGAGCCCUGUUCACCUUCAAGGAUGGUUCGCAGGCUUGGGAGGCAAAAGAUUUUUUGGUUCAGCAGGAUCGGCUGGAAACGAUCACCAUCGAAAAUAAGCCAUAUUACGGAAAGAACGCCGGUGACAAGGCACGAAGCAAGAAAGCAGGAGAUGAGCUGUGACAUUCAUCAUCGUUGCCAUCAUUUCCAAGGUCACUCACUGCGUCUGCAUUCGCUUCGUGAUGCAAAUUGUUAA